AUGGAGUCGAUUUUUGUCUGCCUCGGCCCCAGCGCUGACCCCUGCACCCCCUCUCCCUCCUCCAGCUUGCCGGGAUGGAGAGUUGGUGAGCUCUCAGGCGCAGCUUCGCGUCAUACGUCCGUCAUACGUCCGUCAUACGUCCGUCAUACGUCCGUCACACGUCCGUCACACGUCCGUCAUACGACCGUCAUACGAGCGUCAUACGUCCAUCAUACGUCCGUCAUACGACCGUCAUACGACCGUCAUACGUCCGUCAUACGUCCGUCAUACGUCCGUCAUACGUCCGUCAUACGUCCGUCAUACGUCCGUCAUACGUCCAUCAUACGUCCGUCAUACGACCGUCAUACGACCGUCAUACGUCCGUCAUACGUCCGUCAUACGUCCGUCAUACGUCCGUCAUACGUCCGUCAUACGUCCGUCAUACGACCGUCAUACGUCCGUCAUACGUCCGUCAUACGUCCGUCAUACGUCCGUCAUACGUCCGUCAUACGUCCGUCAUACGUCCGUCAUACGUCCGUCAUACGUCCGUCAUACGUCCAUCAUACGUCCGUCAUACGACCGUCACACGUCCGUCAGUACGUCCGUCAGUACGUCCGUCAUACGUCCGUCAUACGUCCGUCAUACGUCCGUCAUACGUCCGUCAUACGUCCGUCAUACGUCCAUCAUACGUCCGUCAUACGACCGUCAUACGACCGUCAUACGUCCGUCAGUACGUCCGUCAUACGUCCGUCAUACGAGCGUCAUACGUCCGUCAUACGUCCGUCAUACGUCCGUCAUACAAGCGUCAUACGUCCGUCAUACGACCGUCAUACGACCGUCAUACGUCCGUCAUACGUCCGUCAUACGAGCGUCAUACGUCCGUCAUACGUCCGUCAUACGUCCGUCAUACGAGCGUCAUACGACCGUCAUACGUCCGUCAUACGUCCGUCAUACGUCCGUCAUACGUCCGUCAUACGUCCGUCAUACGUCCGUCAUACGUCCAUCAUACGUCCGUCAUACGUCCGUCAUACGUCCAUCAUACGUCCGUCACACGACCGUCACACGUCCGUCAUACGUCCGUCAUACGUCCGUCAUACGUCCGUCAUACGUCCAUCAUACGUCCGUCAUACGACCGUCAUACGACCGUCAUACGUCCGUCAUACGUCCGUCAUACGAGCGUCAUACGUCCGUCAUACGAGUGUCAUACGUCCGUCAUACGUCCGUCAUACGAGCGUCAUACGUCCGUCAUACGACCGUCAUACGACCGUCAUACGUCCGUCAUACGUCCGUCAUACGAGCGUCAUACGUCCGUCAUACGUCCGUCAUACGUCCGUCUUACGAGCGUCAUACGACCGUCAUACGUCCGUCAUACGUCCGUCAUACGAGCGUCAUACUUCCGUCAUACGAGCGUCAUACGAGCGUCAUACGUCCGUCAUACGAGCGUCAUACGUCCGUCAUACGUCCGUCAUACGUCCGUCAUACGUCCGUCACACGUCCGUCAUACGACCGUCAUACGUCCGUCAUACGUCCGUCAUACGUCCGUCAUACGAGCGUCAUACGUCCGUCAUACGUCCGUCAUACGGCCGUCAUACGUCCGUCAUACGUCCGUCAUACGUCCGUCAUACGUCCGUCAUACGAGCGUCAUAA